CCAAACCGCCCCCCGGGCUCCGCGCUGAGGACGCAGCCAUGCCGAGCGGUGCCACUCAGCAGCCGGACCGCCGCCUCGUCUCAUCCGUCUCCAGCGCUUCACACAGGAGGAGGAGGAGGAUGAUGAUGCCAUGAGAUUUCCCACAGGCCCUCAUUGGCACCUGGCUGUGAGUGAACCGGGGGGAAAGAAGGGAUCACCGACGGCGGAUAAUGACGUGAUGGUUCCGGUUGCAGAGCGAGCGCAGGGGGGCUCCGAGCGUCUUUAAUGACCGGUGCUGGAGAGGAAACCACCGGACUUUUAUUGUGUGUUGUGGACGAAGGAAACAGGACUGCAGUUAUUAGAAAAAAGAAGACCCCAUCUCUCAAACAGGUUGUUGAGAUUUUCUCCAAUUUAAAAGGGGGCUUUGCAGCACGGCCGAGGAUGCUAUCCCCCAGAUGGUGACUUCUACAGGAGUUCCAGUGCGAGGAGGUUUUGAGAGUAACCAUCCACAGCCCUGUCAUGGUUUCCUACCUUCUCACACUCCUCCAUCUCUGCAUCUCCCGCUGUCUUCUAAUGCAUUAUAGAAACCUUUGUUGGACGGUUUGAUGGAGAGCUGGUCGAAUGUCAGCGGGAACUAUUGUUAUAUCCGGAGGAAUUCUCGCCGGAGUGAUACUGCUGUGCAUUGUAGCAGUGCUCUGUUACUGUAGACUCCAGUAUUACUGCUGUAAGAAGAAUGAUUCUGAGGUGGACAUGGGCUCUGUGGUGGGAGCGGACCCUCUCUCUCACUUUCCCUGCAACGCUUGCAACGCCCUCGCCAUGGACGGCGCGGCUAUCACCCCCGUCUCUCUGGAUCAGCUGGACACGGGUUCUCACCACAACCACUGCCCCACCUGCUCACCGUACUCCCUCCGCUCUGGACUCACUGACGACAUGCGUAACGGAGGGGAGCGUCUGGGCUUCCACACCUACUACGAGAACCCUCUCCCGCUGUCUGGCAACCCGCAGGGCUCCUCCGCUCUGAGCUACUACAGUCCCCCGGACGUGUUUCCUCCCCCGCCACGCCCCUACAGCACCCAGGUCUGACCUCAGC